AUGUCGAACACUACCGAAGCGAUCAAUCAGCUCAACACGGCGACUACCACCAUUGCACUUAUAUUGUCUCUCAUUAACUUUCCACCAGGUGCCGUUGGCCUUAUCUUCAACGUUCUAGUAUUUACUCGACCAGUUCUAAACCGUCAACCAUGUUCAUUUUAUUUCCUGAUCUCAACAUUGUUUAACUUAUUUGUUGUAUUCAUUAUUCUGCCUGUACGGAUUGUUUCCAACAGCUUCAAUCUGGAUCUAGCCAAUUACAACCUUGGAAUAUGCAAAACAGAAUUCUACUCGUUCUAUGUAGUGCGUGUCGUCUCCAUCUGGUUAAUUCUGUUGGCAUGCAUCGAUCGAUACUUUCAUAGUUCAUCGAAUAUCAAGUUACGUCGACUGAGUUCUUUGAAAAUGGCUCGAAUAUCUUCUAGUGUGCUUACUUUGUUAAUGAUUGUCAUCUACAGUCAUAUGAUCGUUUAUUUUGAAAUCGCCAAUGUCACCAGUCAAACUGGUCAAGCUACACAAACGUGCAAUGCAAGAAAAGGCACAUAUCGAAGUUUUAGUGCAUCCUGGCAUAUGACCUUGUAUUCAUUAUGCCCAUCAUCUCUGAUGUUAUUAUUUGGCAUUCUAACAGUGAGAAACAUUCAUCAACAUCAUCGGAUCAUACCAACACAUAGUGAUAACAAUCAACGCCAUAAUCGUCGAACAGAUAUGCAACUGCUACGAAUGUUAACCAUUCAAGUUCUUUUCAUUAUUGUCUCCACAAUGCCGUCCAGUGCUAUUCGUUUGUAUUCAUCAUUUACUGCAACUACGACAAAGAAUGCAUUUCAAACUGCUCAAGAAAACUUAGCCACUCAAUUAUGCAAUUCUCUUUCAUAUUUUGCCCAUUCAACUAGUUUUUAUCUGUACACAUUGACUGGUAGUUUAUUUCGAACAGAGCUCACUAAAAUUAUAGGUCGCUGUUUUCAUUUUCGUUCGAACUUUAUUGAAACGUCUGGAACUGGUCAAAAUCAAAUGUCACUCAAUCCAAUCAAUCAACAACGUAAUACAGCCGUCGUCGUUAUUGAUCAUCAAUGA